AUGGACAUCCCCCCGUCCCAGCCCCCCUUUGCCCUCCCCUCCCCUCCCUCUCCUCCAGUUCCCUCCCCUUCUGCCCACCCCUUCCCGCCCACCCCACUGCCCUGCCUCCCUCCUUCCCCCCUCCCCUGCCCUGCCCCCCGUUCCACUCCCCCAACCCCCCCCUCCCUGAAUCUUGAGCCUCCCUCCGUCCCCCUCCCCCGCCCCUCUCGCCUCCAGCUCCCCCCCCCCUCCCGCCCAGGCGUGGCCCCCGCCCCGCCCGGCGCCCGUCCGCCGUGCGAUGGCCGCCCUGCCCCUGCUGGUGGUCCGGCCCAGGCCCGCCGCCCUGGCGGCGGCCGCGCCGCCGCCGCUGCUCCCCCGGCCGCCACCGCCGCGCCGCCGCGGGAGCACGGCCGGCUGGGCGGCGGGGCUGGGCGCGGCGGCGACCGCCUCGCGCGCCGCGGCGCGGGCGGCGGGGGGCCCGCUCCGGGGCGGGCGCGUGGUGGAGGUGCCCGUGCACGUCUCGGGCCGGGCGAGAGGGGGGGGAUUGGGAAAGGGGGGGGUACGAAAUCUGCUGCACGCAGCUGGUUUCGGCCCCACCGAGGGGGCCCAUUCCUCGAUACAUGGCCGCCUCCAGGCGCCGGGAGGCGCCGGGAAAAUCAGCUACGUGAGCUGAUUCUCAAACCCCCCCUUUGCUAUGCUCCCCUUUCGCCCGACCCGAACGUCGCACCGGGGCUCACGGUGCGCGUGCUGGAGGCUUCCGUGGAGUGGCAGGAGCGCUUGGUGGAGCGGGCGGUGGAUGCGCUGGGGCGGGGCUCCGCGGACGUGGACCCCUACGGGGCCGCCGUGUGGCCCGCCGCGCAGGUGCUGGCGCAGGCUGUGGCAGCUUGGGUCGCCGCAGCGCCGCGGCCGCCCAGCGUGCUCGAGCUCGGGGCGGGCUGCGGCCUCGCGUCGCUGACGGCGGCCGCGAUGGGCGCCUCGGUCACGGCGACAGAUUUCCGCGAGCUGCCGCUGGAGCUCGUCGCCGAGGCCGCGCGGCGGCAGGGCCUGGCCCCGCGCCUGCGCACCGCGCUCUUCGACGUCCGUGCCUCGGCGGAGCCGGUGCCGCCCGCCGACCUGGUGGCGGCGUCCGACGUGCUCUACGACAGGGACACCGCCGUGGGAGUGGCUGGGCGCAUCGCCGAGGCGCGCGAGCGGGGCAGCGCGGUGCUCGUCGCCGACGUCGGCCGCCCGAACCGCGGGGCGUUCCUCGAGGAGCUGGGGCGCCUCCGGCCCCACGAGGAGGCCGCGUUCGCCUGCCGCGGGCGGGCGCGGCAGCUCGUGGUGGCAGGGCCGAGCGGCCCGGGGGCCUGCGCCGCCGUGGGCGCGGAGAGCGACGCGCUUGGGAAGGAGACGCGGGUCGAGAUCCUGGAGCUGCCUCCGGGGCCCGCGUCGGCAGCAGUCCGGCCGUCGUCGCCCUCCACGCUGUGGCGCCCUCGCGGCCAUGGCCACGUCCUCUGAUCGAGGCGCGCCGCAGCAGGAUGGUAAACUGCACAGCCGAGGCCACAGCUCAGGGCAGGCGCGAACCGCUCUCCCCCUC